CACCAAAUAUUAGCGCUUGAAUCGUCCCCCUGGCGCCACACAGCGUGAGCUACAGAGAGCGGGAGUUCCAGUCCUUGAAUUUGAGCAGAAAAACGUGAUCGCUACGACAGAUAGAGAGGACUUUGUCAUGGAUAAGUGUAGAUAGAGGCUUUGGAAUGGCUCAUAUUUCUGGUAAUGAUGUAAAAAAGAUUAAAUCUGAGGGGGAAAUUCAUGAAAGUGGCUGGUCAAAUGAGCAUGACAGUGUUCCAUUGCAAGUACGGAUGCAAACGUUAUUUGCAACUACGCUCCCUUUGCAUUUGGGUGCAUCAGUGUCCCACUCUGAGACAAUUGUUAAAAAGAAAGAUGAUCACUGUGAUUCUGAGGGUGCCUUCUGUUUCCCUUCUGCUAGCUUUGGUGCAGAAAAGAAGGAUGAGUGGUUGUCACAAGACCAAGGGCAUGGCAGUCAAGUUCUUCAAGUAGUUACUUCUGAAAUCCCAGAGUUCAAAAUUUCAGUGGAUUCUGGAGCAAGUGAUUUGUGUUCACAAAAUGUUACUUCAAACCAAUGUGUGGGUAUAGCUGAGGAUUUCUACAAUCAAGGGACUCAAAUAAACACAUCCUUUCACCCAAAUCAUAUAAUAUCUACUGAAGUUAGUGCUAAUAUUCUUGGACCAGAGGAAGUUAAUGCCAAUGUUUGUACACUUUCUCAAGAUCGAACACUCCCAAAUCUUACUGUCAAGGUUAGGGUUGAGUAUUCUGAUGAUGACCUAAUGAGUCCAUUGGGCUGUGAUAUAAAUAGCUCUAUUCAGACAGAUAUGCAAGGGGUCAAGGUAGAAGACGAGAUCCCUCAUGCCUUUGCAGCUGACGAUCUUGAUCACAUUGUGCUGAAAGAGCGGCAGAAAAUGCUGCUACCAAGGGAAUUAGUGGGAUUGGCAAAACCAGUUCUGGAGGGUGGGUCUAGAGGGUUGUCUAACCCAGUUAUGGAAGACCUUAUUCAAGACUGUGCUGGGAAGGGAAAGACAGGAUUACCCCGACAUUGUUUGCAAUUAGCCAGUUCCUGGCAAGAGACUGAAUCAACUAAGUCAAGUUGUUCUAUGGAAAUUCAUGAAAAUGACAUGAUAUGCUCAUCUGGGAAAAUUUCCCCAGGGUGUAAAUCAUGUGGUAUACUGGAUGCUGUGCCUGCUAACUCUGAUAGUAUGACUAGUUCAACUUCAUCAACCUUUCUCAAAGUUAAGGCUGAACCAUCAGAUAUGGAUGAUUUGCAUUGCCCAGAUAUGAAUUCUGUGGAUAACACACUGCCAGUGAAGAGUGAAUUGCAAACUGAUGAUGAGUCCUGUGGAGAUGAACUAGAUCAUAUGUCACUGCGAGAUCGGAUUAAAUUGCUGGUACCAGAAGAGGCUUCUGACUUGAGUAUUUCCAGAAAGUACAAAUGCUUGAGAAAGAUUGAGCAUUCUUUUGUGGAUUAUUGCUCUAUUGUUACAGAAUGUUCUAAACCAAUAAACAUCAAUCGUCCUAGGAAAAGGAAAAGAAGUGCCACGGAUUCAGUUCAAACAGCAUUGGAUGAAGAUGCUCCUGGACUCCUACAGGUGCUAAUUGACAAAGGAGUAUUGGUUGAUGAAAUUAGGCUUUAUGGGGGAGUGGAGAGUGAUGAUGCCUUGGAUGAUUCCUUAAAUGAAAAUAACUUUUCAGAGCUUGAGGCUGUGAUGUCAAAGCUUUUCUCUCAACGCCAAUCUGUGUUGAAGUUUGCUCCUAUACGCUGCAAAAAGGGUUCAAAAGUUAGUUAUUGCUUGCCUUGUUUACUGUCACUGGUGGAGCAGACACGGUAUCUUCGCUUUCGAAAAUGGCCUGUUGAAUGGGGUUGGUGCCGGGAUCUCCAAGCAUUUAUAUUUGUUUUUGAAAGACAUAACAGAAUAGUGCUGGAACGUCCUGAAUAUGGCUAUGCAACAUAUUUCUUUGAGCUAGUGGAUUCAUUACCCAUUAACUGGCAGAUCAAGCGUUUGGUGGUUGCCAUGAAGCUUACUAGCUGUAGCAGAAUUACUCUAAUUGAGAAUAAAGCAUUACUGGUUGGAGAAGAUUUGACUGAAGGGGAAGCGCGCGUGUUAACAGAGUACGGGUGGAUACCAAAUAGUGGCUUAGCAACAAUGCUCAACUAUUGCGACAGAGUUGUUCAUGACAAGCAGAAUGAGAGGGAAGUCUCAGAGUGGAGGUCUAAAAUAGGGAAGCUGCUGAUGGCUGGUUAUAAUGGUGGCAUAAUUAUAUCAACCAAUACUCUGGAAAGGGUUACAGAAUAGAUUAGUUACUUUAGUUUGAGGUUAGCGUUCUCCAAAAUGUUUGUCAGUACUUAUUACAGAUGAACAUUAAGCAUGGUUUUGGCCAGUAGACAAGUCAUUUUGUAGUACAAGCUCCAUCUUCAAAUCGUAUUGUUAUAGUUAAAGUGAAUGUGAAGGGAUUUAUUUACUUAGUUUUGUAUUCUGUAAAAGCUUUAAAAGUUUGACCUUGGCAAUCUUUA